UCUGAGAAGCUCCCAGACUGGGUGAGAAUCAAGGGAUUUUCAUCUUGUGGGAACCCUCGCCGCGCCACGCUCUGCUGGAGCGUCCCAGACUGUCCCUGGUGUCUCAGCGCUAUGGGGGGCAGGUGCCUGCCCCUGCUCUCAGGCCUCAGUGUCCUGCUAAUUCUGUCAGGAUCAGAAGUGGAGAAUUCUGGAGCUUUCUGUCAUACAUGCCCUAAAAAUGCCAGAUGCUUCAACAGAACCCACUGUGCUUGCAAAGAUGGGUAUCAGUCCAUGUCUGGAAGGAGGUACUUCACUGAAUUUUAUGAGAAAUGUGAAGAUAUUGAUGAGUGUAAGACCGGGCUGGCAAAGUGCAAGCAGAAAUCAUAUUGCAGAAAUGAAAUCGGAAGUUACUACUGCAGCUGUGUCCCAAAUAUUCCUAUUCUCAACUGGGUGGCUAGUGUUUUAAAAUUGAACCAUCCAGAUUGUUAUGAGGGCACUGGUGAGAAGAUACAGCCAUCAGAGACCAUUUGGACAAUUCUAAAGAAAAAUGAAAGCAAACAGUACAUUGCAAAAAAGGCUUCCCAAUUACUUCAAGGCAUGGAAUUGACCAUAUGGAAUGAGAGUUUGACUUCUCCAGGAAAGCAUGAAAAUUCUGUGUUUGAUAUAGUCUAUGAAACCAAGAGGUGCAAUGAGACAAAUAAGAAGACUGUUCUGGAAGCUGGAAAUAACACAAUGGAUAUUGACUGCAAUGAUGCUUUCAAAGGAACCACAAGAGAGCGUAAAGUUGCGCUUAUCACUUACCAGUCUCUUGGGGAUAUCCUGAAUGGAUCCUUUUUCAGUGAUAGAAGAGGAACACUGGACAUAAAACUGAACUCUCGUGUUGUGAGUGGAACCAUUGGUGUAAAGGAAAAAGUUUAUAUGUCUAAACCUGUGUUCCUGACCUUCAAACAUACUCAGCCUGGUGGUGCGAGAACAAAAUAUUUGUGUGUGUACUGGGAAGGAUCAGAGGAGGGAGGCGGCUGGUCGACGGAGGGCUGCACUCAUGUGAGCAGCAAUGAUUCUUACACCAAAUGCAAGUGCUUCCACCUUUCCAGCUUUGCUGUCCUCAUGGCUCUUGCUCCUAAGGCAGAUCCCAUUCUGACUGUGAUCACCUACGUGGGACUGAGCCUGUCUCUGCUGUGUCUCCUCCUGGCAGCCCUCACUUUCCUCUUGUGCCGACCCAUCCAGAACCUCAGCACCACCCUCCACCUGCAGCUCUGCAUCUGCCUCUUCCUGGCCCACCUCCUCUUCCUCACUGGGAUUGAUCAAACUGAGCCUGAGGUGCUGUGUUCCAUCAUCGCAGGGGUACUGCAUUACCUCUACUUGGCCUCCUUUACCUGGAUGCUCCUCGAAGGACUGCAUCUCUUCCUCACUGUCAGGAACCUCAAGGUGGCCAACUACACCAGUGCGGGCAGGUUCAAGAAGAGAUUCAUGUACCCUGCAGGCUAUGGGAUUCCAGCUCUGAUUGUGGCUGUGUCUGCAAUAGCAGGACACAAAAAUUAUGGAACAUACACUCACUGCUGGCUCAAGAUUGAUAAAGGGUUCAUCUGGAGCUUCAUGGGGCCAGUGGCCAUCAUUAUCUUGAUAAACUUGGUGUUCUACUUCCAAAUUCUGUGGAUUUUGAGAAGCAAACUUUCCUCCCUCAAUAAAGAAGUUUCCACCAUUCAGGACACCAGAGUCAUGACAUUUAAAGCCAUUGCUCAACUGUUUACCCUGGGCUGUUCUUGGGGCCUUGGAUUUUUUAUGGUUGAUGAAGUUGGGAAGACAAUCGGAUUAGUCAUUGCCUACAUGUUCACCAUCAUCAAUGUCCUGCAGGGGGUUUUGCUUUUUGUGGUACACUGUCUCCUUAAUCGCCAGGUGCGAAUGGAAUACAAGAAAUGGCUUAGUGGGGUGCAGAAAGGAGUUGAAACCGAAAGCACUGAGGUCUCUGCCUCUACUACCCACACCAAAGUGGAGGAACCGGGGAAGUCAUCAGAAUUUAUCCACAGAAGAGACCCUGUGUUUCUCCAGUCACAGCCUGGGACUCAUCCUGUCACUGUUUUUUGGCAAAGAACAGAACACUGAGCUGCUCAUGGACGGCGCCCCCUGUGGUCACAUAAGGACUGGACAAGCAUCAUCGCCUGUAUCUUCCCUGUGAAAACGAGUCAUCUUGCCUUCGCCUGUUUUGGCUUUUAUUGCCACAGACAGAAAGAGGAACACGGGAACGUUCUUAGACUGGAACCCAGAAGUGCAUGUUAUGUGCAGUAAAGUGUUCAA